CACAGCAGGGGCUCAAGAAGGCGGGCCACCUGGCCCAGUGGUAUCCCGGCCAUUCCCAGGACCUUUCCAAGGUUUUCCUGCCUGAAACCGCCUUGGAGGCUUGGGCAUCACGUAGUACCUCUCUUCGCAGACGGAGCAGGGCUGGAUCACGGACAGAACCUGGGCUCGGGCAUCUGCCAGUAUUUGGGGGUCUUAGAAGAGACGGCUAAUAGAGCCUGCUAGCUGUCGUUCAGAGCCAUGAUAAGCUAUGAGACCAACAACAGGUAUGAAAUCAAGAACGGCCGUGGGCAGAGGAUAUACUUUGCAGCGGAGGACACUGCUGUGUGCACUCGGCUUUGCUGUGGGUCCUGCAGACCCUUCACCAUGAGGAUUCAAGAUCUCAAGGGCCAAGAAGUCAUAACUCUGAAGAGGCCACUGCGGUGUUCCAGCUGUUGUUUCCCCUGCUGCUUGCAGGAGAUAGAAAUCUGUGCUCCUCCUGGUAUACCAGUAGGUUAUGUUACACAGACCUGGCACCCGUGUCUGCCAAAGUUUACAAUUCAAAAUGAAAAUAAAAAGGACGUUCUAAGAAUUAUAGGCCCAUAUUUUAUGUGCAAGUUUUGUGGAAAUAUUGAAUUUAAGAUUAAAUCUCUUGAUGGAAAAAAUGUGCUUGGCAAGAUUUCCAAGCAGUUUACUAGGAUUAUGAGAGAAAUAUUCACACACUACAGUGCCUUUGGCAUCCAGUUUCCUGCCGACAUUGAUGUGAAAAUGAAAUCUGUGAUACUUGGCAUGUGUUUUCUCCUUGAUUUCAUGUUUUAUGAAAACAAUGGCUGCAUUCAACUUUUGACAGGAGGAAUAUGGUAGCAGAGUAAUGAAAGUAUCAAAAACUUUGAUGUCUGUAUUGAUUGGGACCAUAAAAGAAAAACUCAUUUUUUUUCUUUUGAAAGUCAUUAUGCCACAUGUGAAAUACUCUUGAUAUCUGUAGUCCCAGAGUGUGACUUCAGUUUGAAACUAUGGUCCAUUUUCUGUUUG